AAUUAUAAAUUAUUCAUAAUAUUGUUGAUAUAAAUGUUUCUAUUUUAUUAAUGAAUUAUCCAAAUGAAAUUAAUCAUAAGGAUUGUAUGCCUUGUUUAAGAAGAUCAAAAAAUAAAUACAAUUCAAAAAUUAUUAAUGAAUGUCUAAAAUCUAGAAAAACAGUAUGGCCUAUUCCACAGAUAGUUCAAGUUUUUUUGCCAGAUUUUAAAAUCAAAUCACAGAUCAAUGAAUAUUCAUUUGAGAUUGUAGAAUUGAUAUCUAAUGGCGCGUUUGGCAAAGUAUACAGAGUGAAAAGAUUGAAUUCUAAUUCUGAAUUAUAUGCAAUGAAAAUGUUAGAAAAAUCAUCGGUCAUAAGUGGAUAUGGGAUUAAACAAGUUAAAGAUGAAGUAAAGAUUCAAUCAAUAUGUGGUCAUCAUCCAUUCAUUGUGAACUGUCCAUUUUUUUGGCAGAAUAGAAAUACUAUUUUUAUUGUUAGUGACUUUGUUGGAGGUGGUGAAUUAUUGAAAUUAUUACAAAAUCAUGGACCUCUUCCUGAAGAAUUGUGUCGUAUAUAUUUUGCUGAAUUAAUUAUUAUAAUAGAUUUUUUACACAAUGCUGGAAUUAUAUACAGGGAUAUAAAACCAGAAAAUAUACUGUUAGAUGAGUAUGGGCAUCUUCAAUUAAUUGAUUUUGGUUUGGCUAAAUGGCUCUCUCAUGGCUGUCGUACAUCUACGAUUUGUGGCACAACUCAGUAUAUGGCACCUGAAAUUUUUCAGUCUAAACCUUAUAAUCAUGUAGUAGAUUGGUGGUCAGCAGGUGUGUUAUUAUUUCAAAUGCUAACAAAUCAGUUGGUGACCCGCGGCGGUGCACACUCAAAAUUCCAUAUAAAAAAUGCGAUGGCGGCAGCCAAGAAAGGUGAAUAACCAGUUCUGAACUUGAAGUCCAAUUUCAAAACCGGUCUGUUUGACCUCCGUUGUAGACAGCAGUUAUUCUGUAUUAUUUUACAGCUAUAAUAAAAUGUGUAUUAAAACGCCUUCCUCACUGAUUUAACACACAUAUCGUUUAACAAGUUAUGUUACCUGCAUCAGCCUAUUCCUAUAUAUUGUGCUCC